CACUAUAUAAGGAACAAGGUAAAUAUUAAACAUUUGAGUCUCCACUGCUGUAACCAUGAGGUUCCUGAUUUUGCUCUUGGCAGUAUCCUGCAUUAGUGCUGCCCCAAACAGUCGGGCACUCUGGGAUUUCCAUGCAUUAAUCAAAUGUGCUAUUCCGAACAGCGCGCCCCUGAAAGAAUUUAACAAUUAUGGGUGUUACUGUGGACUAGGAGGUGGCGGCACUCCAAAGGACACCCUGGACAGGUGCUGUCAGACCCAUGAUAACUGCUACUCCAAUGCCAAGAAUCAAGGCUGUUCUGGCAUAUUAGAUAAUGUAUAUACCAAUGGAUACAAAUACAGCUGCUCUGGGACCACCAUCACCUGCUCAUCUGCCAACAACUCCUGCGAGCAAUUCAUCUGCAACUGUGACAAGGCGGCUGCUGUUUGCUUCUCUAAAGCCCCCUACAACCCAGCCUACAAAGAUCUGGACAAAAGUAGAAAUUGUUAAUCUGCCGGCUCCCUUUCUCCUAGCGCCCCAUCUCUAACUACAUCUGAUGUGAGAUACCAUACCCAGCAAGAAUAUUACUGAAUAAAUGAAUUUAUUAUCA